UCCACUCCGGUCUGGAUGACGUCGUCCAGGGAGAAGCCGCUGGGGGUCUGCUUGCUCCUCAGACUCUCGUACAUCUCCGGAGUCAGGACUUUGGCCAUGUGGUUGUUGUGCUUGCUCAGGUCCGGGUACUCCUGCUCGGAGGAGUACUUGAGCUUGAAUUCGUUGUGAGUGUUUCCAAAAGGCAUGGCUGCUUUCUGUGACGGAGGAGGAGAAACACCGAGUCAUGCACCUUACUAACACUCACCGACAAUUGGAGGGAAAAAAAGCCAUCGCGUUGCUGCACCUUGUGCAGAAAUAAGAGCGAGCGUCUAGGAUGGAAUGGUCCAGCAGCAGAGGAGCCGAAUCCCUGCAGACAACAGAGGACACAAGGCCACAGCCUCCGUCUGCUGCCGCCCAACAUCCACUCGACAUUUAAACCGCCGCUGCUGCGGCUGAGAGCGAGAGCCCGCGCUGAAUCCCACGACCCUUACCUGCUUUCUGAUUUGAGGAUGAGAACUAUUACUACCAGGAAUUGAGACAAAGAUCCCUAUUUUGUGGGGCCGACACACUGAGGAACCUGCAGCGGAUCUCCUGACGCUGCGAUCAUCUGAGAUCGACACUUAUAGUCCAGCUGCUCGCUUCUGAUUGGUCCAAAUCUCCGCUGCGCUCAUUUAAUUGGACGCGCUGAUUGGACGACCGCACGUCUUUAUUUCAAUUUUUAUAUCAUUUUAAUUCAGAUUCCCACCAUAAACAACGAUAACAUUGGAAUUUGCGUAACACACCCAAUUUGCUUGUUUUUAUUGACAAGAAAACAAGACGAAACGAAACGACAUUUUAAAAUACAAAAGCAUCUCGUUGAACAAAAGGUGUCUCUGUAUAUUCCUUAUCAUCGUUGAACUCUUAUUGUUCCAUCCCAGAUUCGUGUACACUAAAAGCACGAACGUCUACAAGUUAAUUCCAAUCUUCACCUACACAUAUACACCUAAAUAUACACGCAAGAAGCAUGUUUAACAGUAGCUAGUCAACAUUCCUCGCUACAACUGUUGAACAAAUAUUGCAGGAACUCUAUAGCCUCAUUUGAGACCUUAACAGAAACGCGCGACUCUGGAAUUUAAAAGUAAAUAUUGAUAUAUUGGGACACUAUAAAAGGAUACAACAGGAAAGCCUCGUGCACUGAAGCUGAACGCUGACUGUCUGGGAAUAUUAUACACACCAGCAGACGGAGAGAUGACCGGGAGUGUGUCUGUUGUAGAAAUAUAGUUGUACAUUUUAUUAAAGAACGGAAAAUAUGUUAUAUUUAUAUAUGCUAUUAUUAUAGUUACAAAUACAUAUUUGAUUGAUUAUCUCUCAAUGCCAACAUUGUAUGUACUUUGAAAAGAAAAAAAAAAGCAAAACCAAUCUCCAAUAAAAUAUGUUUCAAAUUGAAUAUGUUCACUAAAAGCUGCUAAACUAACAGCUAUAGCAUGAAAUUCACGUCGAAUGGCAGUUUUGUAGAUAUGCACAUCAUCUAUUCCGCAAUUCGUCUGUGUCAUACAGUUUGUAGAUCUAGUCUUUAUGACACUUUCCGGUCAGCCGACGCAACUUCCUCUAAAAACAACACCGCAUGUGCCGGGAAUGAAUCAACGCCGCUUCGUUCUUUAACCUUUAUUUAGAGGCGAAACGUCAACCGAGAAGUGCACUUUGUUACGUGAGAUAGAAGCCUGUCGAACACGCAAGGCCUGUCAUGAGUUUCGUUGAAUACAACGACUCUAUCCGCGAUGGCGACGUUGCAAUCAUCUACCAGAGUCAUGACAACAUGAUGUCAGUGAAGGUGCAACAGGGGGCCCAAACCCAAACACGCUACGGAGUCAUUCGCCACUCCUCAGACCUGAUUGGUCGUCCAUAUGGGUCGAAGGUCACCUGUAGCAAAGGCGGGUGGGUGUAUGUGCUGCACCCCACGCCUGAGCUGUGGACGGUCACUCUGCCGCAUCGUACUCAGAUCCUCUACACCACCGACAUCGCCACCAUCACGAUGAUGCUCGAGCUUAAGCCGGGGUCUGUCGUCUGUGAGUCAGGCACUGGCAGCGGCUCCCUCUCUCAUGCAAUCCUGCGCACCAUUGCGCCCACUGGUCAUCUGUACACUGUAGAGUUCCACCAGCAGCGGGCGGAGAAGGUGGCGGAGGAAUUUAAGGAGCACCACGUGGAUCACCUGGUCACCGUCAAGAACCAGGACGUGUGCAAGGACGGGUUUGGUGUCGCCGGCGUGGCUGACGCCGUGUUUCUGGACAUCCCGAGUCCCUGGGAGGCCGUGGGACAUGCCAAGACCGCCCUGAAGAAACAAGGAGGUCGCGUGUGCUCCUUCUCCCCGUGUAUCGAGCAGGUCCAGAGGACGUGCGAGGCACUGGCUGAGCAGGGCUUCCAGGAGAUCGACACCCUGGAGGUCCUUCUGAGAGUCCAUGACGUGAGAACCGUCUCUUUGCCGAUGCCAGACUUCGGCACCGAAACUCCUGCCAAGAUUCUGGCUGACAACCCGCAGGAGGCGCCACAGAACAACAGCGCUGCCGUCACCUUGAAGACCACCACUGUACCCCGGGAGCUGCCAGGCCACACCGGCUACCUGACCUUUGCCACAAAACCACGGACUUAAUCGUCUCCAGUUUUUUUUUUCCGUUUGAACGUUAUUAAGUUGGUGGCAGUCCAACAGAGGUACCAGGCAGCUCCAGGUCCCAGUCAGCUCUGCAGCACCGGCAGGAUUUGCAGUUGGAUGUUACAUAAUUUAGUACGUUCUCACCACUCUGCUGCUCACAGCAGGCGAGAGUGAAGGUCGGCUCCUCCACUUUCUACGGAGAGGCUGCAGCCAUUUGUUUGGAUCACUUUUUUUUAAGGAUGUUCUGAGUCUGCCCUUGACUUUUACAUCAUUUUGUAUCAAAGAAAUCAGUGUAUGUUUUUUAUUUUAUUCUAUUUUACGACUGAUGCUUUUUUAUUGUCCAGCAAUAACGCAGCAAAUAAAAGUUCAACUGUGUUUGCA